UCUUCUCUUCCAGCCGUUCACCGGAGAGAGAGAGAGAGAGAGAGAGAGAGAGAGAGGUUAACGCAGGCUGCUAGUUCGGCCAUGGAGAUGGAGCUGCCCAAUCUCAACGGCCCGGUGAAGCAAGAAAUCGUUGUGCAUGAUGCAGCAGCCCAAGGAAGAGGAGGUGGUGGUGGCGCAAUCGCGGAGGCGUCGGAACACGGCAUGAGGAGGACGGAGGCCACGCCCACGCCCACCGUGAGGAUUGAGGCCAACAUGCUUGACUGCCCCAUCUGCUCCUCCCCCUUCAAGCCUCCCGUCUUCCAGUGCAAAGGCGGGCAUCUGGCUUGCGGCAGCUGCGUCGCGAAGCUCCCCUGGAAACAGUGCCAGAGGUGCGACCACGGCGGCGACUUCCACGGCUGCCCCUUUGUGGACGCCUUCGUCUCCUCGGCCAGGAUGAAGUGCGACCACCACGGCUGCGGCCGCCAGGUCACCUACCACAAGCUCGACGACCACAAGAGCGCGUGCCCGCUCGCGCCCUGCAGGUGCCCGGUGCCCGGCUGCGGCUUCGAAGGCCCGCCGCCGGCGCUCCCCCUCCACCUCAGCGCCAUCCACUCCAUGCCCGUGCACGCGGUUCAGUACGGCAAGGUGCUCCAGCUCGAGGUGCCGGUGUCGGAGCCGCGGCGCCUGCUGUUCGCGGAGGAGGACGGCCGCGCGUUCCUCGUGGUCGGCGGCUCGCUCGGCCUGGGCGUGCCCAUCGCCUUGUCGGCCAGGGCGGGGGCGUCCCCGCCGCCGCACUACAUGGCCAAGGUGUGGGCGAACGGGCCGCCGGCGGUGGCCAACGACAGGACCGACGCGGUCCGAGCGGAAAUCCAUGUGACGAGCAGCAAGGAGCCCGGCACCGUCGCCGUGGAGGAGCUGACCUUCUUGACGGUGCCACACAAGCUGCUGGCUGGGGCUGGCCCGUCCAGGACGGUGUCCCUCCACGUUCGCAUUGACAAGGUCACCUCCUAAAUGAGUCUGCUAUGCCUAGGGUUCUACUGAUCUUAAUACUGGUAAGGUUUAGUCUAGUUUGGUUUAAUUUAGCUUAACAGAUGAUGGAUUUUGGUAGCAUGCGUCAAUUCGUUCAACAUCAGAUGAGUACUUUUUUUGUGUGAAAACAUUAGAAGAGUACUUGUUAGUUGAGUUCCCACAUGAUUAGUACAUGGAAGAGGUAUUUUGAGGCUGUUGGAUGUAAGAUCUUUGGCUAGCAUGUAAACUAAAAACAUGCUGGUUAUAUGUUUGU